AUGUCUGAAAUUUCCCACAAGAGGCGCUUUUCUGAUACCGUACAAAAUGAAACUUCUAGUUCCAAAAAACAAAAUACAGGUAUAGUUUCCACAGUAAGUAUUGCAGAUGAAGAAACUGGAUUGGCGAAAUGCUUCCAUAGAAUCAGAGCUAAAAUGUACUUAUCGCUUGCCCCAUGUCAUUUAGAACACCCGAUUCUAGGGUUACGCCAGCAACAUCUAGACCCACUUAUAAUGACAUACAAUUCCACAGUUGGCGGUAUUAUAAUUUCGUACAACAACAUAAAACUUUCACAGGAUAACUAUAAUAACAAUGAGAAAAAUGAUACAUUCAAAUAUGUUGCACAAGUUUCAUAUGAGAAUCCAUUUUCGUUCUUAUGGGUUUACGUCGAUUUUGUCGUUUGGAAACCUCAGGUUGGAGACAAUCUUGAGGGAUACAGCAUUAUGCAAUCCCAAUCACAUAUAGGUUUGUUAAUCCAUGACGUUUUCAAUGCAAGUAUAAAGAAAUUUUAUAUUCCACAGGACUGGUAUUUUGUUGCCAAUCAAGCAGAUGAGCCUAAUGCAGACGAUAAUGCGGCCGAUAAUGAUGAACCAAAGUCGAGUUUCAAGAAAUUGGGCCAUUGGUGUGAUGCGGAUGGUACACCUGUUGGUGGAAAAAUUAAAUUCACUGUACGUGCAAUCCAUGUUAGCGGUAAGGGACUAGCUGUUGAAGGCACCUUGUUAACACCAGAGAUGGAGAAGGAUAGUUUACCUGUUGUUAUGGAGGAACAGAUCAAAAGCAAUAUUAAGAAACAUGUUAAGUUUGAUGGAGAAGAGGUUGAUGACACUGUGACCACCGAUAGUAAAGCUACAGAUGUUGUGGUUAAUGAUGAAAUAGAGGAAAAAGAAAUGAAGGAUGCAGUAUCAUCAAUCGAACCUCUUCAACCAGAAGAUGAGAUUGCCCCUGUAUAUAACGAUGAUAACAGUGAUAGCGGCUCUAAUUCUAGCAGUAGUGAUGAAAGCGAUAGCGACUCUGGCAAGGAUGCCGGGAAAAAUAAUGCCAAUUCAAGCAGUAGCGACAGCGAUGGUGAGAGUGGUAGCGACGAUGAUAGCAGUAGUGGCAGUGAUGAUAAGGCCAACGACAGUUCCGAAGAAGGAGACAGUUCUGAUUAG